AAAAAGAAAAGGUGAAAUAUUAUUUUCAAAAGAAAGAUCAAAGCAGCGGGAAGAGCUAGAAGAAGAAAUGGUUGAUCUGCUGAGUUCGGUGAUGAACCUUGUGGCACGGCAUGGUCGUCGCUAUCCUGAGGAGAAGCUUAUCUUAUUCUUCUCGUUUUCACACGACGAGGGAGAUGAGUCUUCUUCUUCUUCUUUGGUACCCAAUUUCGAGAUGGCUCUUCCUGCUGUGAGCUUUAGUUUCUACUCAGGGUCUUGUGCUUCUUUACAUGGCAUUCUCGCUGUUGAAACUGAAGCGCCUCCGGUUGUCCUCCAAUGGGGGAAGGAAGCAGUGUUCAUAGAAUACAAAGGGAAGCUGGCUUCCAUUGUGGGAAACCCUUAUGGAGCUGUCUCUAGUACAAACAGGGCUGGUGAGAUCAUCAUGGCUCCAAGUUUGUUGUCAGUCAAUCUUCAACCCUUCUAUAUUUUCUACUACAAUGUUGAAACAAAAAACAUAAGAAGAGUUAGGCUCCUAGGAAUGGGAGACAGUGAAGAGUUUAGGCGCUCUUAUGGAUUCGGGGAGCACGCUAAAGCUUUUGUCAAUAUCGCACAUCAACACGUCGAGAGCAUUGCCUUCUUUAAGGAUCCUUUAAUUUAAGUUUGAUUCCAAGAAUCCUAAUGUAAGAGAGCAUGGACAACUCUGCGUUUUGUACCUUUUUAUUUUGAAUAUUUAAGUGUUGAAGGGAUUUUUCAACACCAAACAAUCUCUACUUUGUUAUCUUAUGAAGAUUGAUGUUUUUGGGUUUGUUGAGAUGUGUGUUAUUUAUUUGUGUCCAUGUUUUAAGUGUGUUCCUUUGCUCUGUAAGUGUUGAAGGGAUUUUUUUU